CGCAGCCGCCGCGGCUUCUCCUUGUCCCACUGGAAGUGUGAGGAGAGCUCGCCGCCCCUCAGGGCAGCUGAGGUUUCCUUCUGCUCUCCAUCCAUCUUGGCCCAGCGCCUCAGUGGUGUUGGAGGGCCCCCUCGGCCUGUUGUCUCCCACAGUGGUUGAUUUAGCGUAAUGGCUGCUGCUUCUGAGGCUGCAAACUCUGACGGGAAACAGCUUCCUAACAAGAAAGGAACAAUGAUCAGGGAAUCCGGAAAAGAAUGUUUGCUGCAGAAUAUUCCACCUGUUCUUCAUGGCAAGUCUGAAGAAAGUCCAUCUGCUUCUACCUCUCCCCAUGAAGGUGAUGUCAGUGGCUCUACUGAUGAGGGCUGGUGCGAUAUAUAUGCUAACCUGGAUGUGUGGAAUAGUGAAGUUUCCAAUAUACCUGAGUCUUCAGGGCCGCAAGAUGCAUCUGCCCAUGAGGUGGAGGACUGGGAUAAAGAAUUGGAGGAGCCUGACUGCAGCCCUUAUGAUGCUGAUGAUUUCUCCUGUGGAAGUUUUGAGGAGAGUAAUCUUUUUGGCUCAUUUGAAUGGAAGAAGGACUGGUUCUACAACCCAGGCUAUCACCACACACCUCGCUUUGUUUUUCCACCAAGAGUUAGAACAGUUGAGAAGGGCCAGUUUGAUGAUGCUGAUGAAUGAGGUUGAGCCUGGUCAGAAAUAAGUUUGGCUUGGUUUAUGUUCUUCAGCGAUUGAGCUGUGUCAAGUCCUUAGUUUGUUUGCAGAGUUGGGCCUGAGGCGAGAAAUGCGACACCAUCUCCAGAGUUUGGUUACUCUGUUUCUGAGCUGUCCAUAAAUUGUCCUGGACAGAAGAGUGCUGGUGCUGAGUGUAAGGAGUCAGUGCAUUUCUGGAGGUUUUGUUUGUAUUAUAUAGAUCUGUGUUGCUAAUUAAUUGCUUGAGGAGAAGUAUUUAACUUGUAAACUGCAGUUUGUUUGCCAGGCUUAUGUCAGUUUUGACAUGCUGAUCCCUGUGUUUUUGUGUAACUUUUAGUUUUCUUUCCUUUUCAUUUAAUGCUGUCAGAUUGGUUUGGAUAGCUUUAAAAACUCUCCCUCCUUCAAGCUUGUCUGUUUUAUUUCCAUAUGGUUCUAACGUCCAUUUGUGGUUCUUGUACUGGUGUUUA